CCUUAGGUUAGGUACCUAAAGUUAAGGACCAGUAUUUUCUUUCAUCUCCAUUUCCGUUUCCUUACCCAUCAUUCAUUCCAACAUUCAUCAAUUUUCACUACGCGUAUCUUAUCAUCCAUCUUCGCGCCAGUCACUGUUCAUACCUUGAGAACGGUCGCCUUUUGGCAUUUACCUUGCUUACAAGCAGCAAAUACCUCGAAAUCCUAAAAGAUACCCCCCCAAAAAGGCAAUGUGAUUGUUGCUCGAAAACGCCUUUCGAUGCUGUUUGUCACAGACGAGACCAACUCAGAUCCUUACCACUUUCUGCCUCUGCGCGGCAGUAUUUUACUUUCUUUUAAUUAUUUAAUCCAUUCUACAUCCGGAUAGUUUCGUUUCCUGGCAUCUUUUUAAGCAUCAUCCUUUCAUGUUUUCUUCACAAAAUACGAUGGCCAAUUCUCAACAGACCUGGGGCAUCACCCCUCCGAUCUCAAGUGCCCUUCCUACUCUGGCCGAGACACAGUCUACACAUCUUCUCUUAGAAGAACUGCGACGACAAAAUACGUUUGAGUCUGCAGCCGAAACCACGAAGAGGGAGAAAAUCCUUGCUGAUCUUCAACGUAUCGCCGACGAGUUUGUGCGACGAGUGGCAAAAGAAAAGGAACCGCAAAACGAAGUUCUCAUCCGAGAUGCUCGUGGCGAGAUCUUCACCUACGGAAGUUACUGCUUAGGCGUCUACGGCCCCGGCUCUGAUAUUGAUACCCUCGUCACUGCACCCCGAUACGUCACCCGUGAUGAUUAUUUCAAGUACUUCCCUUCGUUACUGCAAGAGAUGGCUCCCGAAGGCGCGGUAACAGAUCUCACUGCGGUAGAAGAGGCGUUCGUGCCUAUCAUCAAGUUUGAAUAUUGGGGGAUCAGCAUUGAUCUAAUAUUCUCGAGAAUAGCCACGUUGAAGCAGUUCCCGCCACAUGGACAACUGAACCUGAAUAACAAUGAAUACUUGCGUGGCUUAGAUGAUCGUGAGCUCCGAUCCUUGAACGGAACCAGGGUCACGAGAGAAAUUUUGAACUUGGUCCCGGAGCAAAGCACGUUUCGCCUUGCCCUCCGAGCGAUCAAGUUAUGGGCCCAACGUCGCGCUAUUUAUGCCAACAUCAUCGGAUUCCCCGGUGGAGUAGUAUGGGCUAUGAUGGUGGCACGGGUUUGCCAACUGUAUCCAAAGGCGGCGAGUGCUACCAUUGUUUCUAAGUUCUUCCAGAUCAUGAAGGUUUGGCAGUGGCCUGUACCUGUGCAGCUGAAGCACAUGGAUGAUGGCCCGCUCAAUGUCCGUGUCUGGAAUCCUAAGAUAUACAAGAGCGAUAGCUAUCAUCUGAUGCCUGUAAUCACUCCUGCUUAUCCUCAGAUGUGUGCGACGUUCAACAUCACACAUUCUACUAUGGCCAUCAUACAGCGCGAGCUGGAACGCGGCGCUGAUAUCACUGAUAAGAUAAGAGCCGGAAAGCUUGCUUGGAAGGAUCUCUUUGUAAAGCAUACGUUCUUCACUACAGACCAUAAGUACUACUUGGCCGUCAUUGCGACCAGCACUACCAAGGAGGCACACAAGAUAUGGUCCGGGUUCGUAGAGUCGAAGGUCCGUGUUUUAGUGGGCGACCUGGAACGGCAUGCUUCUGUCGCGAUCGCGCGCCCGUUCAACAAGGGAUACGAAAGAGUGCACAAGGUCAAGAAUGAGCAGGAAGCCGAAGAAGUUCGAAAUGGAAGCCUGGCUUACCUUGUCCAGGAUGACGACAGUGAAGACGACACCAAGGUGAAGACCGAGGACACCAAGGUGAAAAACGAGAACGGCAUUGAAGAUAAGACUGAGGAUAAGACAGAACAGAAACCCGCGGUUAAAGUCGAGAAUGGCGAAUCAAUGAGCUUUGAUAUGAAGUCAGAUCCCGAAGACCAGAAAAUCGAUUUGCAGAGCAUCCCCAGCGCACCCCCUGUCGAAACGAAGAUGUACACUGCGACACAUUACGUAGGCCUCGAGCUUGCCGAAGGCGCCAAAUCAUUGGAUUUGUCUUUCCAAGUCAACACAUUUAAGGAUCUGUGCAGUAAAUGGGACAAGUACGAGCCAAGCUUGAACUACCUGAGUAUCCAGCACGUGAAGAACACCAAUCUCCCCGAUGACGUUUUCGAACCCGGAGAAGUCAAGCCAAUGCGCCCUCGCCCCAUUAGAAAGGUGGUUCCAAACAGCGAUACCAUGGCCGGCCAAAAGAAGCGCAACGCCUCGUCCGAAGGAAACCCUCCACCGGCGAAGAGACCACAGCCUGCUUUACAAACUCCAGCCGCUGCUGUGGGCUGAGUAGUAGCCAAUACUACGUGCCCCAUUUGUCCCGGCAGAGCUGCAUUAUACCUCGAUUAUGCCCAUCCCGAAACUCCUUCAGGUGUCGACUGAUCUGCUGCAGUUGUCACUGACUUGUAAUUUGAUACUAACAUACUAGUGCCCGAAAAUGGUCACUUUACAACCUUGUGUGAGUGCAGUUGCCACAACACGAAUAUAUCGCCCUUCUUCCUAGAGGUGAACCAGCCAAACAGUAAUAAGGGCCACAGAAUACUAAUGCCCACAAAAAAAGCAAAACCAAAUUAGUAGCCGCGAUCCUGCUUCGCGAGGAGUGCUACGAUGCCCAUUUCCUUUUCUUUCUACAACGAAUGUACAAACUGAAUGAACCCUAGUGGUUGGAGACAUUGACGGCAAAGCUUUCCAGGCUUCGCGAGAGGGGAAAGGACCAACACGGCCCAGCCCCUAUUUUUCACCCAUGAUAUUCCCCGUUUAAUUACGUUCCCUUGGCUUCUAUCUAGAGGAAAGGAAAGCUGAAUUCGCAUGACACUGAUCUGAUAUGGGGGCAUCAAGUCAAGGAGAGAGACACAGAAAGGAGACUUUUUAGCCCACAGUGUAUUUAGAGGCGUUUGCAGAUAAAUAAAAUUUGGUUAUGAGGCACAAGUGCCUCGAAGCAAAUAAUUUUAACCA